CUGAGCAGCUCAAACAGAGAGAGAGAGAGAGGCAAGAGUCGUCGUCACAGAGGUUAGCGAAAAUGAAGACGAUUCUAUCUUCGGAGACGAUGGACAUCCCCGACAGCGUAACCAUCAAGGUUCACGCUAAAGUCAUCGAAGUCGAAGGACCAAGAGGCAAGCUUGUUCGCGAUUUCAAGCAUCUCAACCUCGAUUUCCAGCUGAUUAAGGAUCCAGAGACUGGGAAGAAGAAGCUCAAGAUCGAUUCGUGGUUCGGAUCACGCAAAACCAGUGCUUCCAUUAGAACCGCUCUUAGCCACGUUGAUAACCUCAUCUCCGGUGUCACCAGAGGUUUCAGAUACAAGAUGAGGUUUGUGUAUGCUCAUUUCCCCAUUAACGCUUCCAUUGGUGCUGAUGGCAAGUCUAUUGAGAUCCGUAACUUCCUUGGAGAGAAAAAGGUGAGGAAGGUAGACAUGUUGGAUGGUGUAAGCAUUGUUCGAUCUGAGAAGGUUAAGGAUGAGAUUGUUCUUGAUGGUAAUGAUAUCGAGCUUGUCUCAAGGUCUUGCGCUUUGAUCAACCAGAAAUGUCACGUUAAGAAGAAGGAUAUCAGGAAGUUUCUUGACGGUAUCUAUGUCAGUGAGAAAAGCAAGAUUGUUGAAGAGGAAUAGUUUGAUAUUCGAAUGUUAGUUUUUUUGUUUAUGGACCAAAUCCACCAGUGUUUGCAAAACUCAUUAUCCGUUUUUUCGCUCUUUGUUUGGGAUUCUAUUUACAAGUUUUGGAGACACUCUCAUUUAGUCAAAUCAUCUCGGACUUAUAAUUUAAGGA